UAACUGCAUGCUCUUUAUGCACAUUUUUAAUGAGACAUUCUAAAGCUAUCUUGCUCAUUCUCUCAUGAAUUGGUGCAAUACUAAUAUUUAUGAAUCUGAAGAGAAUUUUGAUUUGAAUAUCACAUUACUUCAAAUAAUUUAAAGGGAAACACAACAAUGUUAUCACUCUCGGAAUAUUCUGCCGUCAAACAAUUUGUAGAGUGUAUUUAAAGACAAAUAAGCUUUCUCUUUUAGACCACGAUAUGGCCCGUGUAUUGAAUGACAUUUAAAAUGACGUUCCACCUUACGAAUUCCUGAGGGUAAUCCGCUUCCCUUAACAGGUAAACCCAAACCCACUCUGACAAUAACAAUGCCUAAAUCCUGUAAAUCAGACUUAAUCUACCAUUCCUUCAAUUAAGUUAUAUCAGGAGGAUUUGUGAAAUGAAACUGUUCGAUAUUUCGCAAGUGACGAGGGUCAUUGCUCGGGAGGGAUCUUGGAGACGGAGGGUUAACCCAAGGCAAAUCUUGGCCUGGUGACACCUGGAAUAGGUAAGCCAGCUAACGGUUUACAACUUCACUGUCAGUGGGUACUGUACUCUGCUGUAAAAUGGAUACCAAAGGUAGCGAUUCAUCUAGAAGCAAUAUGGCCUCGAGAAAAUCCAGAAAGAAAAGCAUAGUUACAAGCGUCAGUGUUAAAGAAAAUGAAAACUCAUUCCAAAACUGUUUAGAGCACACAGGAAAUAAACUAUUCUUUUUCUGCCGCCCAUGUGCGAUUCCAAUAUGUCACAAAUGCGCAAGCGAAACACACUUGAGUCACGAUGCAGAAAACGUUUUAGAAAAUUUUCAAUCCAUGCGGGACCUCGUGACCUCUGACACAUCACGCAUGGAGUCUCUCAUUCAACCAGAGUAUAAAAAGAUAGAGACUCAGAUUCAGACGAACGUUUUAAAGUUGACCAGUGGUUACGAAAAUGUCAAAAAACAAAUCGUCACAAACGGCGAGAUUUGGCACAAGGCAGUGGAGAGCGCCGUGACGAAAUGUUUGGAGAGAGUGGAAACGAUGGAAAAGGAAGACUUUUCCAAUCUCCGGGAGCAGCGAAAACUCAUAUCUAGUCUGAUAGCGGAAAUUCAAUCGCUGAUUGACUACAAUAAAAAAAUAUUGAACGAAAACGAUAUUUCUGAAAUCAAUAAAUUCAAAGCAAAGAGUGAGGAAUUUUCAAGGAUUCCCACAAUAACAAGUAUCAUUGCACCAGUGUUCAAGAACAGUGAUGUAGAAAAGGAACAACUUCCCGAACGAUUCGGUGCUCUUAAAGCAUCCGUUCUGAAGAAGUCUCGAGAUUUCGUCAUCAAUGUGACGUCAGCAGAGCCCCCUUCAAAAAGGGACACACUACUAGACAAACCAGUUGUUCUACGCAAAGUGGAGACAAAGUUCGAGAAGUGCUGGAGUGUACAGUGCAUUCAAGACCAGAACGUGUGGAUAAGUGGAGAUGUGGAAACUGUAGCUAAGGUUGAUGUUCAUGGCAAUAUGAUUGAAAAAGUGUCCACUCGAUCAAAGCAAGCUCCGUUCGAUCUGUCUAUUACUUCCAAGGGAGAACUACUUUACACUGAUUACGGAGACAGAAGUGUUAACAUAAUGAAAAAGGGGAAAUUCGAACCCUUUCUGAAACUUCAGGGAUGGAAUCCACUUGGGUUAUGUGCGACAGAUUCUGGAGAAGUUUUACUGUGUAUGGACAAUCGGAACGACUCGUCAAAACAAAAAUCUCAACAGGUGAAGGUCGUUCGUUAUGUUCACAGUUCACCCACGCAAGAGAUUCAGUAUGACGACGGAGGGUGUCCACUCUACGUUUCCGGCGAUUUUGAUGUUUACAUCACCGUGAACAGUAAUCAGGAUGUGUGUGUAUCAGACCGUAACGCCAAAGCCGUCGUGUCAACCACCCAAUCAGGUCGGUUCCGUUGGCGUUACUUUGGAAAUGUCCCCACGCGCAAAUGUCCGUAUUUCGAUCCACGAAGCAUUUUAACUGACAGAAGUUGCAGAAUCCUGGUAUCGGACGCCGAUAGCAACUUGGUUCAUCUCCUUGACGACAGAGGUCACUUGUUGUGUUUGAUUGGUCGAGGAUUUCUGGAGAAACCAGUGGGUAUUAGUUUGGACUCCGAGGGAAACUUGUAUGUUGUCGAAUACCAUACAGCGAAGUUGAAAGUCAUUAAAUACAUCAAAUAGAAU